GUUUGAAAUAAAUCCAACUUCUGAAAUACCAAAAAAUAAAAAUAAAAAUAAAGUGAAUAAAGAAGAACAGCAACCAAUUUGAGCGUGUUCAGUAGUGCAAACUAAACGACAUUGUGUAAAGCAAAGUGUGCGUCCAUAAGGCUCAGCAAUUCAAAUGUUAAAGCAUUUCAAGAUUUCCAUGUCACACAUCAUUACGCCACCACUACUAUCGCCGCGCCGCACCAAAAGUAAGAAGUCAAAAUCACGAAAUCUCCACAAAACCACAUACAAAUACAACCGCAUCGUGGUAUUGUGUCGCAACGACGCGUGUAUGCCAAUCGCCAGCUUAAGAAUACAAAGAUGAUCAUGUCGUCAACGGAGGCGAAUACAAUUUGCUGCCGUCAGUCCUUGUUAAACACAUUGACCGCGCUUACUUUUAUAUGUAUGCUGAUGCAGUUUGACCUCAUCCGUGCGGCUUUCGAGGAAGGCAACAAUAACAAUGUGAAAAUCGCUGAACACAGCCUGGAACUAACACAGACGAUAAAUAUACAGCGACAGGAAUAUUUGCAGAAACAGUGUGAAACAUUUGGAUAUGGCGCGCUCACGUUAGACGAUCUAACGGAUGAGCAAAUGGAUCAUAUGAUUGUGGAUAAGGAGCACAAGUUUCUAUACUGCUAUGUGCCGAAGGUGGCUUGUACAAAUUGGAAACGUGUAUUGAUGAUCCUCACUGGAAAUUGGCAGAACGGCACAGAUCCGCUACAAAUACCUGGUUCUCUGGCGCAUUCAGUGGGCAUGUUUCAGAAACUCAAUACGCUCAGCGAUGAGGAGCGCGCUCAAGUGCUCUCCGAGUACACACGCUUCAUAUUGGUGCGUCAUCCGUUGGAACGUUUGCUCUCCGCGUAUCGCAACAAGUUGGAGGGCGAUGCGCCGAGUGCGCGCUAUUUUCAGUCGCGUGUUGGCCGCCAGAUAGUAAGGGCAUUUCGUGCCGGUGCGAGCAAUCAUUCACUGGAGCAUGGCGACGAUGUGAGCUUUGCGGAGUUCGUGCAAUAUUUGCUUACACCAGAGGUGAGCCGCACCAAUCAGUCAUAUAAUGAACAUUGGGAACCUAUCUCGAAUCUCUGCAAUCCAUGCGUAAUGAAGUACAAUGUAAUAGGCAAAUAUGAAACGCUGUUAGAUGAUUCUUCGCUUGCAUUGUACUUAGCUGGUGCAGCCAAUCUUACAUUCCCCACUGGUCACAAGCCAUCCAGUACACGCGCGCAUUUGCGUUCGUACUUCGAUCCGUUACCUAUUAAUGCAAUACGACGGCUUUAUGAGAUUUACAUGGACGAUUUUCGACUCUUCGAAUAUGGCUUGGAGGAUGUACUUGGCUUUGAGUUCGGUUAACACAAUGUCCGGUGUAUUCGCAUAUAUGUAUGGUAUUUUAAUAUCAAUUACUCAGAUGGAUUUUUCACCAUGUGAAAUAAAAAUUUUUCAACAAUGACGCUUUAUUUUUAAUAUUUGUGAUGAUAUGAUUGAAUGCAUUUUGUAAUAAUUUUUACAUUAUAAGUUGUUAUUUUAGUGUAGUUUAGAAAUUAUUUGUACAAAUACAUAUGUAUAUACGAAUAGGUAAACUUGAUUUUAAAGAAUUUUCAGUUUUUGUUUAUUGUUCAAAACUGGCAAUGGUGAAUUGCAAUAUUGGCAAAGCAUCGACAAUAAAAAAUAUAAAAAUAUGAAUAAAA